GCUGUUUGAGAUAAGAGAAGGUGCGCACAUUUUACCCACACAACAAAACUCUUUCAAACAUCUCCAACAUUCUUUGAUGCAGCUGUAAUGACUCUUAAACAUGUGAACAUUCUGCUAAUGAAGAGAACAAACAUCUCAAAGCAUCAUCAUCAUGUUUAUGUCUGAACUCCUUCCAUCUUAUGAAGAGUCCCAACAUCAGGGGAGCAGUUCUCCUCCUCCCCCUCACACCUACACCACACCCGAGAUGCCUGGAGCUGAAGCAGGAGCAGAAACAGGAGCUGAAGCAGGAGCAGGAGUUCCACCCCUAGGAACAUCCAGUCUUAUACCCCUCAAUAUGUCCUCAGGAGAUAUAGAUGACCCCAGUGCACUGUGGGAAAAUAGAAGUAUUCGCCAUGCGUUCAUCAGAAAGGUUUAUCUGAUUCUGGCGUUGCAGCUGUUAGUGACAACCUCAAUCGUAGCGGUCUUCACGUUCAUUGAUCCGGUGCGUCUCUUCAUCAUCCGGAAGCCUGUGGUUUACCUGUUGUCUCUGUGUUUCUCUCUCCACAGUAUUGUUUUUCCCAUAAUUUAUGGGUUGUCAGUCAUUGAUGUUAUGAGGAGACGAUUUCCUGUGAACCUGGUUUACCUGUUCAUAUUUACUCUCGCCAUGUCUUUAAGUGCUGGAUCAAUAUCGAGUUAUUUUGAGACGAAGACCGUGUUCUUGUUUAUGGUAAUGAUGGUGGUGGUGUGUGUGGCCAUUACAGUGUUCAGUUUCCAGACCAAGGUGGACUUCACCUCCCGUCCUGGUUUAUUCUGGGUUCUGUACAUUGUGCUUUUAAUAACAGGCAUCAUUACAGCCAUCAUCCUCUCCCUUCAGUAUAUUAAGUGGCUGCCCAUGCUGUACAAUGUUUUUGGGGUCGUCUUUUGCACUCGGUUCCUGCUAUACAACACUUGGCUGUUGUUGGAGAAACGAAUUUAUGAGCUAAAACCGGAGGAGUACUUGUUUGGAGCUCUGACUCUCUACACAAUCACACCGACCUUCUGGUUCCUGAUGAGGGACACCAACUGUCUGUCUGUCUGAAACAAUGAAAUAAAA